AUGCCGUUACCACUAGCAUUCUUUCCUCAAACCAGAGAGCCAUUCGGACGACUCAUCAACGUUAUGGUGCGCCUAAGCCCCCUUGACGAAUUCAGGCUGAGAAAUCUUCGAAAAGACAUCUAUGCACCGAGGGUUCAUACACAAGCAAUGCCUAAUUUGGAACUCGUGCGCGGAUUAGGAACCUCGAAUACUGAAUUUAUCAGAAAGACACUCUUUAAUAUUGCACACGCACAAUCAAAAUUUGAAGUUGCGCUGAGCAAUCCUUUCCUUGUAGAUAGAUCGGUCAAUUUCAGUCUGCACCUGCUAGCCUAUGCGCCUGCACUCAAGAUCCUGCGCAAUAAAGUCCGGGAGAAUUUGAGGGAUAUUGUUGUAGUAAAUAACCCAACAGGUAAACAUACCCUUGAGAAUAUACACCCCUAUCUUUCAAAGGUUGGAACUUUCCCUUGGCCUCAAGAUACAAAGAUACUACUGAAACCGAGCAUUCCACCAGAAGAUGGAGAUGCUUGGUUAGAUCACGCAAAAAGACAAGCUUCCAAGAGGUUGAAUCCCGUGACUGCGAUCGGUCUCACCAUGGUAAUAUAUAAUCACUCUCAUCGUGUCAAACGUCAUGAUGAGAGAAUGUUGCGUUGGAUGCAAGUCCAGGUUAAAGAUAUGCGCGACUCGGAUAUCGUCUACGAAGAAUUUCCAUUUGAAGGCGAAGGAUUCAAGGCUUUCGAUACUAGUGAACGAUAG